GAGGAAGAAACGCAAUUCGGGUGGAGUUGGACUUGUGGUUGUUGCCGAGCGCUUCCUCCCGUCUCCUCGCGAUUUUUUAUAAAAAGGAGAGAAGCGCAAUCGUAUCCCCAGCCAGAUUCACAUCGUAUCGCAUCGCCACCCACCUUUCCCUGCCGGAUUCUUCUCAGGUAGCAGCAGCAGCUUGAAUUCUUGCGGAUCUGCGGCUGCGAAUCCCAGUCUCGUAUCAACUCGACCAGGCGGAGGAGAAGCAGGGGGAAGAUGUCCAAGGCGGCGCUGACACUGGAGGAGGUGUCCAAGCACAACACCAAGGACGACUGCUGGCUCAUCAUCGCCGGCAAGGUAUAUGAUGUGACCAAGUUUUUGGAGGAUCACCCUGGAGGUGAUGAUGUACUGUUGUCCUCGACUGCCAAGGACGCAACUGAUGACUUUGAGGAUGUCGGGCACAGCACCACCGCCCGUGCGAUGCUGGACGAGUACUAUGUCGGCGACGUGGAUACGGCUACGAUACCUGCCCGGACAAAGUACACUCCGCCGAAGCAACCACACUACAACCAAGACAAGACCCCUGAGUUCAUCAUCAAGAUCCUCCAGUUCCUGGUCCCCUUGGCCAUACUUGGUCUGGCUGUCGCCAUUAGGAUGUACACCAAGUCGGAAUCGGCUUAACCGGUGGCGGCAUUGUUCUCUGGGUUAUGGGGAAAAAAUAGCUUUAAGGUGUUGGAAUAAGUUAGUAGUUUGUCGCGUGAUGUAUCCAUUCCAAUGUACCGUGUGGUGAGUUGUUUGAAUGUUGCAACGGUUUUGUCGUGAAACUGAAAUUGAUGGGACCAAGUUUUGUUGUGCAACUUAAAUUGAUGGGACUGAAAUUGCUCUUU